AUGGCGAAACGAUCAUCAUCCCAGUCCAUGGCAGAGGGAACCGCGCCGAGCACAAUCACCCUUCAUAUACUCUGCCAGUCUCUACCCCCUCCAAGCCGGUUUACACUCAAAAACGUUCCACUCUCUUCCACAAUUGCGCAGCUCAAGGGGCGGAUCGAACAGUCCUUUCCAAAGAAUCCCCAAGCAUCACAUCAGAGGCUCAUCUACCGAGGAAAACCUCUAACUGUCGACGAGGCAACCCUCAGCGCAGUAGUCUCAUCUAUGGAGGUAAGUCACUUGUUCUUGACCCGCACCAUAUCACAUUUUAUCCUAACUGGAUGGGAUCGAUCGCCUUUGCAGGAAUCCACUGAUAGUAUGCACCUUGUGCUGCCACCUGAGCCAGCACAAGUAGAAGCACCUCCUGUCUCUGCCAUGUCGCAUGGUUCGCCGCUCGGGAAUUCUGCUCAAGCUUUCACAUCCACAUCCACCUUGUUGAAUCCUGAUACUUCGGAGACUGCAUCCAGUACAUCCUCGUACUCCAGCAUUCCCAGGACAAUGAGCUCCACCCCGGCAUCUCCACACGUCGCAUCCAGUCAAUACGUUCACAACUCUCGACCCAACCCACCUGAAGCCGAUGGCGCGGAUCUCGCUCAGCGUAUUUCCACUCUACGAAGUCACAUCGUGGAUAUUGAGGCACAACUGGACCGACAUAUCCUGCCAUCCAUUCAGAACAUCAUUCAUAUACGCAACCAGCUUCUUGAAAUUCAAGAUAAUCGACCUGCGACUCAACUCCCCGUCCCUGGUGUUGCGGAACUAGUUGCCCGUAUUCUUGAUGCUCAACAACGUGCCCGCUUAAUGGAGUAUACGCAACAGCAGCAUCCGCAAACAAACGUUCAAGUUCAAACCGUCACCGUUUCCCGAAACCAAGCAAGCGUAACUCCAUUAUUUAUGCUGGCCUCGCCAAUCGGAGACCAUAAUUGCCUCGUGAGACAGACUUUUACAGUACCCCAACUCACAGCGCAGCGGGAAACUUCGCCUAACACAGUGCCCGCUGGCGAAACUGGUGCACCUCUAGCACCCCAAGUUCCCCCAGCACCCCAAGCUCCCCCACCAUAUCAAGUACCUCAAGCACCCAACCAAAAUGCAGCGGUAGUCCAGAACGCCCUCCGCCAAGCAAUGCUCAAUCAACAGCGCCGAGGCAACAAUGUCGAGCACGCUGGUCUGGCACGACACAUCCGCCGCAUCUGGCUGUUUACCCGGCUGUGGCUCUUCUGCUACCUCAUCAGUGACCCUGGUACCUGGAAGCGUUACAUCUUCGUCAGCAUUGCGUUGCUUAUUACAUACUUUUCCGAGACCAGUGCCCCGCGGCAGCUCCUAUCUAUGAUCAUCAGCCCAAUCCAACACCACCUCGAGGCCCUCACCCAUGCCGGUGGACCAGCAGAUCGAGCCACUCAGAAUGGAGCCACUGACGCUACGGAGUUCAAUAUUUGGGACCAGAUACGCCGCGCGGAGCGAGCCCUUGUCUUUCUUUUUGCCAGCCUAGUUCCCGGUAUUGGAGAAGGACAUGUCCGCGCUCGAACUGCAGCAGACCAAGCCUUCGUAGCUGAGCAGGAACAACAGGCACGCGAGCGCCAGGAGCAGGAACAGACACGGGAGCGGGAACGCCAGGAGCAGGAACGGGCUCAGGCUGGCGUUGGAGACGCGGAGAAUGCAGGUAUUGAACAGGAGGCUUCUGCUGCGCACGCACAAUCUGAAGCUUGA